AUGUCUAGCUUGUUUCGAGCGUUGCUACUGUUGCAAAGCGAAAAUGGCGACAAAUCGUACCUCACCGCUCGUUCUGAUAAAGUUGGGCCGCCAACGUUCGCCGAUGAGCCUCUGUCGGGGGACCUUCGCGCGGGCUUCAUUGCAAUAGGAGUAGUCGCUCUCUGCUCGUGGAUCGCUGCAAUAUCGCUCAUUUCCUUCCUCACGUACCGAUUCAUUUUCUGGCAACAUUACUACAAACGUCCUCUCGCGAAGAAUCAAUAUGUCGUGCUCAUCUAUAACCUCCUUCUCGUCGACCUCCAACAAGCAACGGCGUUCUUGAUCUGCCUGCAUUGGGUCGCCCGUGGUGGUGUCAAUUACCCAAGUGCGGCAUGCGUUCUCCAAGGAUGGUGGAUUCAGACCGCAGAUCCAGGGAGUGGUUUAUUCGUGUUGGCCAUUGCGAUGCAUACUGGUGCGGUUGUGCUACGUGGGCGGCAAUUACCCUAUGCGACGUUUAUCUGGUGUGUUGUAGCGCUCUGGGCUUUUGUUAUUACGCUCGGAUUGAUUUCUGUCGGAUUGUAUGGCUCGCAAACCUUUGUGAUUUCGGAAGCCGGCUGGUGCUGGCUCAGUCCAGAACGCGAACUUGAGCGGCUCUGGGGGCACUAUCUAUGGAUUUUCCUUUCCGAAUUUGGCACAGUCAUUUUGUACGGCAUCAUGUUUUUCUACCUCCGACGUCGGAUGAAACAAGCAGCGGCCCUUCGACAAAACCACCAGGACAGUCUUAGCCGACUGAAUCGAGUCGUCGUGUACAUGGUUAUUUACCCUCUGGUAUACCUGGUUCUCUCCCUUCCUCUAGCUGCGGGGCGAAUGUCUACGGCCAGACAUGCCGUUCCCAGCAGGGCAUACUUCGCCGCCGCCGGUACUCUCAUGGCUCUGUCCGGACUUGUGGAUGUGACCGUGUACACCUUGACCCGCCGGCAUCUGCUGCUGGACACCGAGGUCAGCUCGUCGGACCGUUACUACGCACACACCGGCUCAAAUCUGUACAACACAAAUGUCAGCACCACCGUUGCGGGCCCUGACAGCAGGAAGUCUCGGGUCAAGUCUCGCUUCCGCCGUGGCUUGCAAACUAUCAACGACACAAUACUCGAUGACCGAGGCGACUCGACAGAAGAUAUUGUGCGGAAAAGCGAUAUGGAGCUCGGCGAUAUGGCCCACGGCGUAUAUCAGGAAACGACUAUUGAGAUCACUCACGAACCUGCAGAGCCAGAGGAAACUUUACGGAAGCCAAAUCGACUCAGCAGGUAA